AUGACUGAUAUCAAGGUCAUACAUGCGUACCGUCACCUAUAUCGUGGCUUACUCCAUGCCGUCCAGUUUUCGAAACCAGCUCGAUUUAUUGCUCGAGACCAAAUAAGGGCCGCCUUUCGCGAACGAGGUGCCAAGCUAAAUCCUCGAAGCGCAGCCAGAACACUGCGAUUUUUAGAGGCCGCCGCUGCCUCUCGCGACUUGGAGCACAAUAUCCUCAAGAAUCUCUUAUUGACCUCUUAUUACCGCCGCAUUAAUUCUCAAACGCCUUGGAAAAUCGUUGAAAUUGCGCUGAGGCAGCCUAGAAGAGGAAAGGAUGUCGAAGACCAUUUUCUGAAGCUGGCGUUCCGUCAUUAUGACAGGACCAUUGCUAUGCUUAAUAAGUCUAUGGGCUUAUGUUUACGAUAG